GCUCGUUGUUUUACCGUUGGCGGCUAAUAGACGCUCGACGUCGUCGCUUAAUGUAUAUAUAUAGACGUCCGAAAAUAGACCCCUAAAACGGCUGAAACUUUAGGGAAAUCAAACGGCCACUCGGCUUGAAUCGAUUACUUUUUAUAGGAAGAAAAUGCUGUUCCUGUUUGUCACCGGUUUUUUAUUCGGGAAAAGGAUAAAAGAAGUAAAUUUGUUAAUCGACCGACCAGCAGGUGGCGCUUAUAGUUGUCCCGUUUCAGACUUUACUUGGCGAGCAAUGAAGAGGUGUACGUUAUUGUCCGUCGUGUUUGACAGAUAGCUUCAACUAGUCAAUGUAGUUAUUGGCAUCUAAGAAGGAUUUAAGGAUACUGUUACUGGAAUAUUUGCGAAGUAGUACUUGAGAUAAAGAAGUUGUGAAUAGGAGGAGAAAUUGGAAAGAGGAUGAGCAAAAUUACAUCAACUACCAUCAUUUUUAUCCUAAUUAUACUACCCAGCGGCUUUACACUGGCUGGGCGUAGGACUAAUAGCCGUCGAAAAAAUUUUAAUCCACAAAAAAAGAAAACGGAUUAUAGUAAAGCUGUAACGGUUGGUGCGAUUUUACCAAAGUCUUAUGCUUUAGGACGCAAAUAUACAACAAUGGCUAAGCAACUGGAACCAUUCAAUAAAAAUUUCUCAGAAAAUCUUAAUUCGUUUUUGCAUUUUGAAUUCAAAAUGUUGGAAUCAACUUUUAAACCGUCGGAUUUAUGGAGAGCCAUGUGUGACGAUGGGUUGUUCAAGACUAGAUUCAAUUCGUUAAUCUAUGUUCAAACUGCCUUCACUUCUAAAGCGGAGAUUCUACAGCCGUCUUCCGAGCACCUGAUGAGCGUGGCCCAAUUCUAUCAGAUACCAGUGAUCGUGUGGGAUUCCCCAGGGAUUAUCCAGGUUCGUCCUUCCAAAACUCCCUGCCGUCCCAACCCGUUUUAAACGCGUUUAUAAUUAAACGCUUACCGAUUUCACCCUCAUUUUAUUCCUUUUCCAAACUGGUCCCGGCAGACGAAUAGGGAACGCCUUCUAAUCCAAUUAACGCCGUCCAUAGCCCACCAGGGCGAAGCCAUGCUGAGCCUUUUGAGAAGAUACGGAUGGAAUCGUUUCGCAAUCGUUACAGGACGACUUUCGGGUCACGACACAUUUGUCAACACCAUCCGGGAUCUAGUUGAUAAUUCCGGCGAAUUGUGAGUAUAAAAUUAGUAUUUACAUAGAGAACAUACUGCUUAUCAAGCAGGCAUCUAAAAUCAAAUAAAGAAAAACUAGACGAAAUGUCCGCUUCAGUACAUAGUGUAAUUUGGCCAGACGGAACGUCUAAUUAGGACGUCAUCGAAGGUCACGCGAGCAUCUUCAGUUAGGAGGUGAAAGCAUUUUUCGGUCGAAAGUCGAACAAAUAAGAAAAAAGGCCAAUAAGUGAUCGAAAAAUAGACUAAAGAACCUUUUAAUAGCGAAUAUAAUAUAAAGUGAGGGGCCGAUGAGGGGGAACUCGUUAUCGAAUUGCUGGAGUCUAUUAAUUUUAUAAAGGUUUUGCUUAGGAGUCAGUUUCGUUGGAAAUAUUUUACGCUUCGAAUUUUUUCUAUACCUACUUUUGCGUCGUUGAUAAAAGACUUUUUUUUUUUUGACGCCUCUCUUUUCUCUAUUCUAUAUAUUUCGCAACAAAAUGAUUCCGAUUGGUGGUUAAGGUGCGAUCAAGCGUUAAAAAAGAGCGUUAGGACGUAAAGUAUUUCCAGUUUUUCCUCUUCUCUUCCAUCGCACUGGACGCCUAAUAAAUAAUCUAAAGAAUAAAUUAAAUUUGCACCAUUUUGCCUAUAGAUUGACAGUAUGUUAAAUUUAGUAAAGAAAACAGGAAAUAUAGGACUAAAUUUUCUUAAACAUCAAGGGAAGGAAAAGGUCGUGUGACCUAGAGUAAGUGAGCCUGUACGUGUGACGCAUUAAACAAUAUAAAGAGAAUUUUAACAAUUGAGUAACUUCUAAUUUAUUAUUAUUCACCUAAAAGUAAACCUUAUAUUAAAUUGAGUGCAGUUUCGAUAUUACGACGACUGUUCAUCUACCAUCUAUGGAAAAUGAAACUGUUACGUCAGAGCUACAAAAACUUCAGGCAGCUGAGAGUCGUGUAAUGUUAUUGUAUUCGUCAAAAGAGGAGGCAACACAGAUAUUUAAAGUUGCCGAACGUAUGAAAUUAUCUGGCAAAAAUUACGUUUGGAUAACUACUAAGUGCGCCAUUCUUAAAAGUACUCUUGGUGCCGAAUUGGAUGAAGAUCGAGGAAGGUUCCCUUUAGGAAUGUUCGCCCUUUAUUACUCGCAUGAUUACGAUGAACAAGUGAAAGUAAUCGAGAAGGCUUUGGUCAUUUGGGCACAGGCCAUGACGAAUCUUAAGAAGGAAGCAGAAAAUAAGAGAAUCCUUCUGCGACCAUCUUAUCAUUGUAAUCCCCAGAACGAUUCUGUAUGGAAAUACGGCAGCAUCGUUUACGAUCAACUAUUAAAGGCAAAAGUUAAACUGAAUUCCGGUGAGGAAACUAUAGAAUUUAAGAAGGAUGGAACACUGAAGAGUGUAUCUCUCAAGGUGCUCAACUUGAGACCCAAAAAUGAAAGAAGUGACGAAUGGGCGACAGUUGGGGAAUGGAAAUCUGGUAAGGAAGUUGAAAUGUACGAUAUAACUUGGCCGGGUAAUGCUCCAGCACCUCCUAUCGGUAGACCAGAAAAAUACCAAGUUAAGGUUGUCACAUUAAAAGAGGAUCCAUAUGUUAUAUAUAGCGAUCCCGAUCCCAAUACUGGUACAUGCCCACCUAUGGCCGUUUUAUGUCGUAUAGCAGCUAAAAAUUUAACUACGCUCGUGGCUAACGCUACUUCCGACCCGUCGCUGUACCAAUGCUGCUCCGGAUUAUGUAUAGACUUACUUAAGAUGCUGGCAGAGAAAAUUGGAUUUGACUUUGAACUAUUCGAAGUAAGCGAUAAAAUUUGGGGAGCCUACAACGCUGAUACGAAGGAAUGGAACGGCUUAAUUAAGGAUAUAUUAGACGGGAAAGCCGAUAUGGUGAUGACGUCGUUAAAGAUAACACCAGAAAGAUCAGCAGCUAUAGAUUUUAGUGUUCCCUUCCUAGAGACUGGGAUUACGAUUAUUGUUGCCGUCAGGGACGGAGUUAUCUCUCCAACAGCCUUCUUAGAGCCGUAUGAUUAUCCUUCCUGGUGCUUAAUUCUUGUAUUUAGUGUCCAUGCUUCUGGCGCCUCUAUUUUCCUAUUUGAAUGGUUAUCUCCAAGCGGCUUAGAUAGGGGGCAAAAGCCGUUGAAAGAACAUAGAUUUUCCCUCUUCCGGAGCUUCUGGCUAAUAUGGUCGAUGUUGUUCGGUGCUGCUGUUUCCGUUGACAACCCCAGAGGGGUGUCCAGUAGGUUUUUGGGGAAUAUUUGGGCCCUGUUCGCCGUCGUUUUUACAGCGAGUUAUACAGCUAAUUUAGCCGCGUUCAUGAUUACUAAAGAGGACUAUGACAGACUGAGUGGAAUACAGGAUUGGAGGUUACGGAACCCCAAAGCUCAUAAGCCUGCUUUUAAAUUCGCUACAGUGCCACAUGGAAGUACAGAAACUAAUUUAAAGAAUAAUUACCCUCAAAUGUACGAUUAUAUGAUGCCGUUCAAUAAAUCGACAGUUGAAGAAGGUGUUAAGGCUGUUAAAGAUGGUGAUAUUAAUGCAUUUAUAUACGAUGCCACUGUUCUUGAGUAUUUGGCCGGUCAAGAUGACGGCUGUAAGUUGAGGACUGUUGGCACUUGGUAUGCUAUGACGGGAUAUGGAAUAGGUUUUCCCAAAGGCAGUAAAUGGAAAAAAGUCAUCGAUAAAUACCUAUUACAAUUUCAGCAUGAAGCUAGGGAAAUGGAAAGGCUUCAAAAGUUUUGGUUAUCUGGAGCUUGUUCAACAAAGAAGGAUGAGGGAGAAAGUUCAAUGCCCCUAGGUAUAUUAAAUUUUACCUCUGCAUUUAUCCUUUUGGCUGGUGGUAUGCUAUUGGGCGCGGUUCUGCUUAUAUUAGAGCAUGUUUACUUUAAGUUCUUCCGAGUUCGACUUCGUAAAUGGGACAAAUGUGGUUGUUGUGGCCUGGUUAGCUUAUCCAUGGGAAAGUCAUUAACGUUCGAGCAGUCUGUAAAAGAAGCGAUCAAUCUCCAAAGGAAUUACAAAUGUAAGAACGCUCUAUGUGAGACGCAUCUUUGGAGAACUAAACACGAACUCGAUCUGGCUUUACUACACGUCGACAGAUUAGAAGCUCAAUUAAGUUCACUCGGAAUAGAACCAGAAAGAGUAUCAAAACUACCAUGUAACGGACUGGAGAGCAUAGAAGAUGAGCGGAAGAGACAGAGAAGAUUAAGGGCUAGGUCGCGAUCUUUACCAAGUUCACCAGCCAGAGGAGUUCGCGAUUCAUCUACACCGUCCAGGUUGAAAAGCAAUCGAGCCUGCUAUAUUCACCUCGAUGAUAAUUUCCUGACCAGCAUCGAGAAAGAGACGGUUUUAUGACGACCUUUUUAGGCGAUUAAUGCUCAACGAGGGAACAAACAAAGUGCACUACGUUAUGUUGCAUUUCUGACGAGUGUAGCAACCAGAAUGGUGUAUUGUAACAAUAAAAAUAACCGCACGAUUUUAUGCUGUAAAAAUAAGAAAAUAUACGUUUACAGUUAUAUUCUGUAUACAUUCAUAUUUAUAUAUUAAUAUUAAUAUUAUCUUUGAAUAAAAGGUAAAGAUGUUUUAAAUUA